AAAUUAAAAGUUCAUAUAGUUCUAUGUAUAAAUAUAUAGUUAUAUGGUCAUAUAGCUCGUAUAACAUUACAUACAGAUACAAUAGCUAGUUAUCAAUUAGUGAAGUAGAACGCUGAGAAUGUUUCUCGUACUUAUUUAUUGUAUUUCAUUAUCCAUCCUACAGAUCACUGGAGUUUCAGUUACAUGGAAUUCUCCUGCAAGUAGAAUAUAUUCAUCUAUAAACAGUAAAUCGGUACCAAUAUACAAUGGACAUUUAGAGCAACAGUCUUCAACAAUACAACCUUUUAGUAUAUCAGGAGGCACAUUAACAAGUCUUAAUGCAAAUCAAAUAGAUAAUGUAGAAAUGUCAUCUAACAGAGAUUUGGGGCUAAAUACAAAUAAGAUUCUUGUAAGCCAAGACGGUCAACUUAGAGAUAAUAAUGGUGAUGGUGUGUCAGAAAAUACAAUUACUAAUACUGGACCCUCUGGAAUAAAUGGCGGAUCUACAAAAUCUUCAACGAAUAUUCAAAAUUUUGAUAUUCCAGUUCAGGUUAAGGGACCUGAGUUAUCAAGUAUUUAUCAUGGAAUAAAUAAAAAUAGCGAAACGAACCGUAUAAAUGACGUUAGUAAAUUGUAUGAGUCCAGUGAUAUAGAUAGAGGUUUUCAAUUGGGAAGGUUAGGCGUAUUAAGUGGAUCAAAUAUUGAAGAUGGAACAAACAUAUCAGGUGGAGAAUAUAGAAAAUCCAGCGGAGUAAUUGAAAAAAUAAAAACAGCAGAAGAAAUGAAAGAUACAGAUACUGCUGUUCAAUUGAAUGAUCUAAAUUUAUUGAAGAGUUCAGGUGAAUUAAAUGAAAAAAAUAGAGUUCAUAAAGUUAAAAGAGGUAAAGGUGUUAAUGAAAAUAGAGAAGAAGGAAAAGAUAGAGAGUUAAGUGGAUUAAAUGGAUCUAUAAGAUUCGAUAGAAAAAAUGAAGAUAGAAUAAGUAAAUCUGGUGAAAAAGAAGAAGAAGAGGGUAGAGGGUUUAAUGGGUCGGUUGGAUCAAUGCAAUUUGGUAAACAAAAUGAGGAUAGAGCGGGUGGAUCUGGUGGAGAAGAAGAAGGAGAAGAAGAAGAAGAAGAAGGUAGAGGUUUUAGUGGAUCAAAAGGAUCUAUAAGAUUCGGUGGAAAUAACGGUGGUAGAUUUGAAGAAACGGGAAGGAAAGAAGGGGGUAUAGGUUUUAGUGGAUCAAAAGGAUCUAUUAAAUUCGAUGGAAAUAACGAUGGUAGAUUUGGCGGAAUGGGUGGGGAAGAAGGAGGUAUAGGUUUUAGUGGAUCAAAAGGAUCUAUUAAAUUCGAUGGAAAUAACGAUGGUAGAUUUGGCGGAAUGGGUGGGGAAGAAGGAGGUAUAGGUUUUAGUGGAUCAAAAGGAUCUAUUAGAUUCGGUGGAAAUAACGAUGAUAGAUUUGGCGGAAUGGGUGGGGAAGAAGAAGGUACAGGUUUUAGUGGAUCAAAAGGGUCUAUUAGAUACGGUGGAAAAAACGAUGGUAGAUUUGGUGGAAUGGGUGGGGGAGAAGGAGGUAUAGGUUUUAGUGGAUCAAAAGGAUCUAUGAGAUUCGGUGGAAAUAACGGUGGUAGAUUUGAAGGAUCGGGAAGGAAAGAAGGGGGUAUAGGUUUUAGUGGAUCAAAAGGAUCUAUUAGAUUCGGUGGAAAUAACGGUGGUAGAUUUGGCGGAAUGGGUGGGGAAGAAGGAGGUAUAGGUUUUAGUGGAUCAAAAGGAUCUAUUAGAUACGGUGGAAAAAACGAUGGUAGAUUUGGUGGAAUGGGUGGGGGAGAAGGAGGUAUAGGUUUUAGUGGAUCAAAAGGAUCUAUGAGAUUCGGUGGAAAUAACGGUGGUAGAUUUGGUGGAAUGGGUGGGGGAGAAGGAGGUAUAGGUUUUAGUGGAUCAAAAGGAUCUAUGAGAUUCGGUGGAAAUAACGGUGGUAGGUUUGAAGGAUCGGGAAGAAAAGAAGGGGGUAUAGGUUUUAAUGGAUCAAAAGGAUCUAUAAGAUUCGGUGGUACAAAUAAAGGUAAAACUAAUCGAUCAGGUGGAGGAAACAUAAAAAUUGGCGGAGGGCGUAUAGCUCGUAGAUUGUCAAAACUUAGAGACAUUGGUAAAGUAAAUCGAGGUGGCGAAAAGGGAAAUUUUGGAGGGUCAGUUGGAGGUAUACAAUUUAGUAAUGAAAAUGGAGAUAAAGAGUCGAAUACUGUUAAUAUAAAAAUGACUGGUGGAAAUUAUGGAAGUGGAAGAUUUGGUGGUAAUAUUAAAAGUAACUCAUUUGAAGGAGAUAGUGGUAUGAUUGAAGUAGGUGGUAGUAGAUCAUUUGGUGAAAGAAAUAUGUUCAGUAAAACUGGUGGAAAUUAUUGAGGUAGAACUUAAAAUUAUCAGUAAUAAUAACAAAUUGAGAUUAAAUGUUUUUUUUUUGUAAAAUUAUAUUUUAUUUAUUCAGAAAACAUUUUUGUUUUUAAUAUUUUACAUUUGUUAAUUCUAUAAAUUGUCUC